GUGCUCUACACUCAGCACACGACGAGCGACGCGACCGUCUUGGUGCGCAACGCGAGCCAGCACGGCCAGCUCAAUGGCACCCUCGCCCCCAAAAACUUUAGUCAACUCAGCGUCGUGCACGCCAACGGCAAGAGUCCGUUCAAGAACGCGGGGCGCAUGCUCCAGUGCUGGAAAGACCACCCCGAGUUCCCGAUCUUGCACCAGUACUCGAGCGACGACUGGUCCAACGGCACGUACAACGAGCUCUGGCGCGACAAGCCGCCGGCCAACGUCGACUUUCACUUUGGCAAGUACGUCUCAUCUUUGGGCUUUGCAAAGAUCUUGAACGACGCGACGGUGAUUGUGUGUCCGAGUGCCAUGGAAGGGUUUGGCCACUACAUCAACCAAGCGCGCGCGGCGGGCGCCCUCGUUGUGACGACGGACGCGCCCCCCAUGGACGAGUUUGUCGACGACGACUCGGGGGUGCUCAUCCACGGCAUCACGCCGUGGGCCGACAAAGCCACGAUGGGCCAGAACUUUAUGUUUGAAGUGCCGACGCGCGCCAUUUGCGAGUCGAUUCAAGACAUCCUGGCCAUGGACCCGCACGAGCGGGCGCGGCGCGCGGCCAACGGCGUGCGGCGAUAUUUCAAGCAACGACAGUAUUUCAAACAGAGUAUGCAGACGCUGCAAGCGAUGGUGUAUCAACGCUAA